AUGCCUGAGCCUGCUAAGUCAGCUCCUGCUCCGAAGAAGGGUUCCAAGAAGGCUGUGACCAAGGCGCAGAAGAAGGAUGGCAAGAAGCGCAAGCGCAGUCGUAAGGAGAGCUACUCCGUGUAUGUGUACAAGGUGCUGAAACAGGUUCACCCCGAUACUGGCAUCUCAUCCAAGGCCAUGGGUAUCAUGAACUCCUUCGUUAACGACAUCUUCGAGCGCAUCGCAGGCGAGGCUUCCCGUCUGGCCCACUACAACAAGCGCUCGACCAUUACCUCCAGGGAGAUCCAGACCGCCGUGCGUCUGCUGCUUCCCGGAGAGCUGGCCAAGCACGCAGUGUCCGAAGGUACCAAGGCUGUCACCAAGUAUACAAGCUCCAAGUAAAUGUGUGUUUAGGUGCUUUAAAACUCAAAGGCUCUUUUCAGAGCCACUCAAGUCUCACAUAAAGAGCUUUAAUAUUGAAUUUCACCGUUUUCUAGGGAAUAAUUUUUCCAAUUUUAUAAUCCCAGCACUUUGGGAGGCCGAGGCGUGCGGAUCGAGACCAGUUUGGCUAACGUGGUUAAAUCCCGUUUCUACUAAAUACAAAUAUUAGCCGGGCGUGGGGCAGUCGCGUGUCAUCCCAGCGACUCGGGAGGCUGCGGCAGGAGAAUCGCUUAAACCCAGCAAGCAGAGGUUGCAGUGGCAUUCCAGCCUGGGCGACAAAGGCGAGGCUUCGUCUCCAAAAAAGUUGAUCAGGAGAUACUCCUGUUCUGUGUUGGCAAGAUCCUGUAAUCCUAGUACUUUGGGAGGUCGAUGCAUGAGGCUUUCUUCAGCUCAGGAGUUAACAGAUUUGCCUGGGCAACAUAGAACUCGUCUCUGCAAAAAAUGAAGCUAACCAGGUGUGACGGCUUGCGUCUGUACUAUCAGUUACUCGGUAGGCUGAGGUGGUAGGAUACCUUCAAUUCUCGAGCUAGAGACUGCAGGAACAUGUGAAUACGCUAGUGCAGUUCCAGCCUGGGCAACACUGGAAAGGGUAGGAAGAGUAGUCUUUGGGUCCCUAAAGAUCACCUGACAACAAGUUUGACUUUUCUGAGCACUCUUGUGGAGUUUGUUGUGGAGGGAAUACCAUGGGCAUUGGCAAUGUAAAGUUGAGCUAAAAAAUCUCGUUUUCGGCCGUGCGCGGUGGCUCACGCCUGUAAUCCCAUCACUUUGGGAGGCCGAGACGGGCGGAUCACGAGGUCAGGAGAUCGAGACCAUCCUGGCUAACACUGUGAAACCCUGUCUCUACUAAAAAAAUACAAACAAAAUUAGCCGGGCGUGGUGGCACUCACCUGUAGUUUCAGCUACUCUGGAGGCUGAGGCUGGAGAGUCCCUUGAACCCGGGAGGCGGAGGUUGCAGUGAUCCGAGAUCGCGCCACUGCCCUCUCCAUCCUGGGCGAAAGAGCUAGACUCCAUCUCAUUAAAAAAAAAAAAAAAAAAAAAUUACAGUUUUGGCUGGCUGGGCGCAGUUGCUCUCGCCUGUAAUCCCAGCAUUUUGGGAGGCGAGGCGGGUGGAUCACUUGAGGUCGGGAGUUCAAAAACAGCCUGACCCACAUGGUGAAACCCCGUCUCUACUAAAAAUAACAAAAUUAGCCGGGCGUGGUGGCGCACGCCUAUGUAACCCCAGCUACUUCGGAGACUGACGCAGGAGAAACGCUUGAAACCGGGAGGCGGGGGUUGCAGUGAGCCAAGAUCCCGCCAUUUCAUUCCAGCCUGGACAACAAGAACGAAACUCCGUCUCAAACAUAGAAACCAUUAGUUUAUACUCAUUAAUCAAAUUUCUAAAAUAGGACCAAAAAAAAAAAAAAAGGUCACUACUCCAUAGUACUCCAUGAGCAACCUCAGGUUUCUGAAAACAUAGUACUCCAAAGUAUGGCGCCUUGACAUAGUAAAUAUUCUAAGACAUUAGUAGAACAACAUAGACAGGAAUGUUCGUAUGACCUUCCUCUGAAGCAGGUCUUAAGACCCUCCUGUGAGUCUUGCAGAGUAUGCGAGGAAUCUGAACAAAUAAACCUUGCUAGAUUUCUCCUUGUUUAUUAUCCUUAGCUCAUGUUAUUUUUGUCUUGUUAUAUUUCUGCAUGACUCUCUACUCUUCAUCAAACCUAGUGCAAAAACACUCAGGUUUAAGCCCUUCUUCAGGUCCUUAUUUCCUUAUGUCAUGUAAAACUUCAUAUUAAAUGUGAAUGUUUUUCUCUUGGCCGGGCGCGGUGGCUCACGCCUGUAAUCCCAGCACUUUGGGAGGCCGAGGCGGGCGGAUCACGAGGUCAGGAGAUCGAGACCAUCCUGGCUAACACGGUGAAACCCCGUCUCUACUGAAAAUUGAAAAAAAUUAGCCGGGUGUGGUGGCGGGCGCCUGUAGUCCCAGCUACUCGGGAGACUGCGGCAGGAGAAUGCCAUGAAGCCGGGAGGUGGAGCUUGCCGUGAGCCAAGAUCGGGGAACUGCACUCCAGCAUGGGCGACAGAGCAAGACUCCGUCUCAAAAAUAAAUAAAUAAAUAAAAAUAAAGUGCAUAUUUU